AUGACAUAUUAUAUUUUUAAACUCUCAUAUCAUUUAAAUCUCUCUCUCUCUCUCUCUCUCUCUCUCUCUCUCACUCUCUCUCUCUCUCUCAGUCCCUUUGUAUCACUUAUUAACAUUCAAAUAUCUCUCUUAGAUUCUUCAUCUCUCUCUCUUUCACUCUAUUCAAAUGUAUUAGCCCUUCAUUCCUCUCUCUCUCUCUCACUCUAUUCAAAUCUCCAUCCUCAUGUCAUUCAAUUGUUUCUCUUAGAUCCUCUAUCUCUUUCUCUCUCUCACCCAUUUUAUUCAAAUCUUUCUGUCAGCAUCUUCAUGUCUCUUUUUUUCAGUUUAUUCAUAAGUCUCUUUGAACUUUUGAUAUCUCUUUGUUCUUUUCUGUUUACUUCACUCUUUAUCUAUCCCAUUCUCCCUUCAUCAUUGUCCACCACCCUCUUCCUGCCAACCUGUAGACAUUGGUCGAUUAAAUAUUUCUCUUCUCUUGUUCAACCUUUUCUUUUUUUAAAUUCCUUUUGUUCCUUCUUUCUUUUCAAUAAAAUAAUACCUCUUUUAUGUUAUUCUUUUCUUCUUUACACCAAAUUUCUAUUCAAAGUCUUUCAACUUUUUUUCUUGCUUUUUCUUUUUCUUUUACUGUCUGUUCUUCUCACUAUCUUUCCAACUCUUUUUUUCUCUUUCUGUCUCUGUGAUGUUACUAAACCGUGCUCUCAUCGCAUUUUCUUCAUCAAUAAUCAAUCAAUAUGCACAGCUGAUAGAACUCACUUGCCCACCCACCCUUUCUUUUUCUACCUUCCAUUCUUCUCUCACACUUUUCCUUUCCCCCUCUCAUUAUAUUACAUUUUUCUCUCUUCUUCUCCUAUAUUAAUUAUUCUCUUUUUUCCUCCACAUCUUACUCAUUAUAUUACUUUUCUCUUCUUCUCUAUCUCUCUCACUCUUUUCUUAUAUAUUAAUUUCACUUUUCCUCCCUUCCCUCUCUUUCUUAUUAUAUUACUUUUUCUUUUCUUUCUUCACUUAUCUCUCUUUUUCAUUAUAUUACUUUUUCUUUUCUUUCUUCACUUAUCUCUCUUUUUCAUUAUAUUACUUUUCCUUUUCUUUCUUCACUUAUCUCUCUUUCUCUUUAUAUUACAUUUUCCUUUCCUUCUCUACUUAUCUCUCUUUCUCAUUAUAUUACUUUUUCUUUUCUUUCUCAAUUUCCCUCUCUUUCUUCUAUGUCAUUCAUUUUUCUUAUUCUUCUACCAUAGCAACUUAUUUUCCUUCAUUUUCACCCUUAAUAUCUACUUUAUAUUCAUAUUUCUUCCAUUUCUCUUUUCUGUCCUUUUCUUCUUUUCAUUGUUUCUUUUUCAACCUCUUUGUUCAUAG